AUGCUCACGAGCCUCGUCCUCGCCCCGCGCGUCGUCGCACGCGCCCACACCGCCUUCGUCUCUUCUCGAUCCAUUUCCGCAACCUCGACGGAGAUGCACAGCGCGCUCCCGCUCCCGAGCCUUUCCAAGCUCUCGAGCAUCUCGAAGGCCUUCCACACGCAGACCGAUCCGCGCCAGAAUGCCCUUCCCGUCGAGUCUACCGCCCCGGUUUCGCAGUCGAAGCCCGCGCCUGAAUCGCAGGACUCACCGAGCUCGCAGAAGAAGGAGUCUGCCGCGAGUCUGGGUUUUAUCUUUAUCGGAGCCGCCGCCCUCACGUUCAUCUCCCUUGGCGCGGCUUACACCCUCUCGUCCGCCGUGGAAUCACACGAAUUGCUUGUUGCCUUGCAGGUCCGCUACAGCUACCUGAUGGGCAGGUGCGAAGCUUUGGAGGAGAGGGCUAGUACGCUCGACGAACGCCUCUUCAAGUUGGGCCAGGACGUCGCUGUUGUCAAGUACAUCGACGGCGCGCUUGGCGUCAACCACGACAAGCAGAUCUCCGAGCCUACUGCGCAGAUUGAGGUGAAGGAGACGACGACCGGCGCUUCUCACGCUUGA